AUGAAUUCUGUCACUGAUGGACAGCAAAACAUUGAUCAGCCAACUAUUGUGUUAGAGGCUUAUCCCACAAACUCGCCAUUAAGUCGGGAAUCUCAUGUUCAAUUACCAAUUGAGGAAGCGUCAGGGGCCCUAAUUGAGUACGAGAAUGAACAAUCGCAAAUUCAUGAAGAAGAACAAUUGCAAACCCAGGAAGAGGAAGAUUUUGCCGAAAUCAUCAAUAACAAUCUUUCUCACUUCCCAAUGGAAUUUGCUAUGGAAAUGAUAAAGAAGAUUUACCAGGAAAAAAGUCAAAGUGAAGAAACUCUUUCUCAACUUUACCAAGGAUUGUCAAAGCUUAUGGGAGACGACAAAAUUUAUGAAUCAUUUCUUAAUGAAUAUCUAACAAUAAAGCAUAAGCAAAUGAAAUCGGAGCAAGCUGCUCGUGCAAGAGAAGGAAAAUACAAAAAAAAACCAUAG